CCUCUUGGUGCGGGAGCGGGCUGGUCCGGGAGCUAUAAAGCUGAUGGCCACUAUGGGGAGUCACCAGGCCACCCUCAGAGACGGUGUUGCAGGAUUCCCAGCAUCAUGAACUGCAGGUUCCUAGCUCUGACGCUUGUUCUCCUGGUCCUGGGAUGCGAGGCCCAGGAGGUGGCCCCAGAAGCUGAGGAGGCCAACCCCACCCUCCUCACCCAAGUCCAGGAGUCCCUGUUCAAGUAUUUGUACACGGCCAAGGAUGCCGCAGCAGGCCUGUACAAUAAAGCCUCCCUGACUGGCGUGGACGAGAAAAUCAGGGAUAUGUAUAGCCAGAGCACAGCUGCCGUGACCACCUACGCGGGCAUCUUCACCGACCAGCUCUUCUUCCUGCUCAGCGGAGACCAGUAACAAAUGGGCCCCACUCUCCAGCUUGCUCUCAACACCCCGAGUCCCUCCAGCUGUCUUCAAUAAAAUUGAAUCAAGCUGAUUGA